CCCUUCCUGCUUCCGGUUCACGGGGCGGGCGCGACGAGCCGGCCGGGCGCGCGGAGGAGGCCAGCGCCGUCCACGCCUGCGGUCCCCGGGCCGCCCCGCCGCCGCCGGGCGCGCAGCAUGGCAUGCCGGUGAGCGGCGCAUCGCUCUUCCCUCGGGGCGGCCGUGCCUCUGCCCGUGCGCGGCGGGAGGAGGCCGGGCGGCGCGGCAGCAGGAUGUCAUCACUUUGCCAUGCCUCCGCUGUGAUGGUAGUCUUUAUGGCCCUUGCUGUCAGUGUGGGGGCUGAGCAGUUGGAAGAGAAGAGCUGCGAUGUGAUUGGUGAUGAGAGCAGCGAGUCGCAAACGGAAAGAGCCCUGCUGAAGAAGCUAGAGCCCCUGAGCCAAAUGAGGUUUAACGUCACUGUGGAGAAAGGCAAAACAGAAAACUACAUCUACCAUUUCAGGGUGUGCAGGGAGGUCAACAGCAGCCAGCAUGAUUUUGGUGGUCUGGUGCAAACAGAUAGACAGGGUAGAAGGACUACAGUAAUAGGAAGAAUCAAUGAAACACAGGUUUUCAAUGGAAGUGACUGGAUCAUGCUGAUUUAUAAAGGAGGUGAUUCAUAUGGCAGUCACUGCAGUGGUGAGAAGAGAAGAGCUGUGAUAAUGAUUUCUUGCAAGCGGGGAGUUACAGCGAGUUCAUUCAGCAUUAUUUCAGAAGAGCGGGAAAAGGAGCAGGAGUGUUUCUACCUCUUUGAGAUGGACAGCAGUUUGGCUUGUCCAGCUGAGGAUUCCCACCUCAGUGUUGGCUCCAUUCUACUGAUCACGUUUGCUUCAUUGAUUGCAGUCUACAUCAUUGGUGGGUUCCUCUACCAGCGCCUUGUAGUGGGAGCGAAAGGCAUGGAGCAGUUUCCUCACUUUGCCUUCUGGCAAGAUCUGGGCAAUUUGGUGGCGGAUGGCUGUGACUUUGUCUGCCGAUCUAAGCCUCGAAAUGCGCCAGCUGCGUAUCGUGGUGUGGGUGAUGACCAGCUGGCUGAGGAGUCAGAAGAACGGGAUGACCACUUGCUACCAAUGUGAUAGGCUUUCAACACUUGAGUUCUUUUCUCCCCAUCUCCCCAGCGCUUGUUUAGCCAGGUGCCUCCCAGGCAGUUCUCUUUCUCUCACUUCUGAUUUUCUUUACACUAUUUGCUUUCGCUGUCUCUGGUGUGUCAAGUCCCAUGGAUGCCUCUGGGUGUGAACAGCACUGGUCCCUGAUGGCGUGUCUGAUGAAUAUAAUGCAGUUUGAGGUUUUUAAAAAUGCAGCAGAGCUCUGGGGGGGUAAAGUGCUGAGAGUUGAGUAGAUGGCAAGAAAGCAAUACGAGUGUUCAGCACUGAGUAGGAAUGGGAGAUGAAUCACUGAGAGGAAAAAAAGGGCCAUGGAUGGGUGCAGAAAGGGGAAGGAAAAGGAGGCAGUGGGUUAAAACAGCUGAGAUGGCAGGAGAGAUCUUGUGUCUCUUGUUUCCCCCACCCCCCCUAGGGUUUACAGGAUCUGUAAGACACUGGAAUUAUUUUUCUUUGAAUGCAUUUUCAGCUUUUCUAGCUUCUGCACUGCUAUGCGCUGUUUCGGCCAGCAUACCCUGCACAGAGCGCUCUACGCCAGACUCCAUGGGGGUGGAAGAGGCAUUAGCACCUCUGCAGUCUUUUCUUUUCCUACUGGCAGUAUGUUGAAGAGCACACACCAGUUUCCUUCCAACAGAUGUAAAGGGAUGUAUGACAUCCUCUCAGACUGGAGAGGGGCAAUGUUAAAAAACUAUAGGAGUUAAAUACAGUCUUGUGACUUUCCAGGUCAGUCAAAAUAUUGUCUCAGUCUUCUCAAAUCAUUGAGAAGCAAAAGGAAACGACAUGCUGCUAAAUAAAGGGAACACUUACCAAAACUGACAUCAAGGCAAAAUGAGAAAGGUAGCUGUCACUUGAGUUCCGUUACAAGCUUCCUGAGGUGACUGCCCAUGCAGCUCAGUCACUGUCAGCCUUGUGGUUUCAUGGUCUCUGAAAGUUCCUUGUUUGGCAGAGGGUUUUCCCGUGAAGGUACCGGAAUUUAUUUUUAUAAAAAAGGAACCACAGAAGCCAAGGACGCUAACACAUUAAAAACUGCAUAAGGGACUCCCGUGUGUACAAGGUCAGCUUUCAUAAAUCUCUAUCCCCGUAAGUAUGGUGCAGAAGAAUCUUAAGAUACUUGCCCUGAGCAGAUGGUACUGCCUUCCACUGGGGCCCUGGUGAAAAGCAGGUACAGCUGAGUUGUAAGACUUCAUUGGAACCUUCAGGAACUUGGCACCUUGAUUCCUAAUUGCUUUUUACGUGAGGGGCUAGACUCUAAGCAGUCCCAUUCUGCCCUGUUGUAGACUGGCAGAGAACUGUCUUCAGGCUUGAGGGCAGAGACUGUGAAUAAGCAAGCCACUACUGCUACCAGCAGAGUACAGACAAGGUUCAUGUAUUUUCAAUACUGCCAAAGCAGUCUGAACAGUGACAUUGAGGGAAAAGGGGUGGCCCUGCUUUCUUGCUGGGUUUAGAGUGGGCAAACAAUUCCUGCUUUCUUUGACUUUUGUUACGAUUUCAAUCUUUUCUCAUAACAUGGGAAAAACAGGAAGUCACUAAGUUUGUUGUUAGUGUUUUUCAUGGUGGUGUUUAAGGUAAUUUUUUUUUGUACAAAACACAACUUUCAAAAAAAUAAAAUGACCAAAAAACCAGGUGAAGUGUUGUGCUGAUGUAACAGGAGCUUUUUUGGUGCCAGAACAUCUUACUUAUCUAAGGGUGAAGGUGCCUUAGUGUGGUGCCUUGUGCCCGAACUUCUUUUGCCAGGAAUAGAUCUCUUCUUAUUAGUACAGAUUUCUUGCUGCCACCUUGUAUCAUUCCAGUUCCCCUAGGGCUUCAGAGAGAAGGGUAUAUACCUUUUUCAAAACCGAAACUUUAAAAGCUCAGGUAGUUACAGACGGGAAGUUUCCUAUGCUGUGUAUUUCUCUACAGCAAUAAAAAUCAAAAGUAACUUUUUGAUGAAGGUUGUACUUCUCAAACACUAAUGCUUGGAGGGGUGGGGUAAGGUAUAAAGCAGCCAGACCUGCAAAGCCUGAACAAGCAUUUUGCAUUUUUUUUAUUAAGAACAUUGAACAUGAAAUGAAGAAGUGAAGCCUUCCCCUUUGACUGAAAUAAACUCCAGUCCUCAAAAGUAGCUAGUAAGGUAGGCAGGCUAGCUGCCUGCCUACACUGCCAAAGGUCAAACUAAACAGGAGUUUUAUCACACCCCACCUGCUAAGCAUAAAAUGGCUUAAGGACAGCCUUCCUCUGAUGAUUGAACCUUCCCCUUCCCUACCCCCAAAUUACAUCAGACCAAAUAGCGGUACCAGGGUGCAAGUAUGGGCAGCUUCCUUUGGGCCUAUUUUGAUUCAAGAAGUCUCUCACAGGAACAGGGAUGUCAUUAAAGUGAGAUUCAACAUCUCAUCUUAUCCAUCUUCUAAGCCCUUUCCUUUUUUUUUUUUUUCUACCAUGGGUCGAUAAAGAGCCUAUUCCAAAGAUCUCUAAUGUUUUCCUACCUAUGCUAUUGGGCCUCCUCCCAUGCCACUAUAGUUUUCCUGCAACAGUAGAUGCUUUCCAUGCAGAACAGUCUUAAGUUUCACUCAAGUAUUCAUGUGAAACUUCUGAAAACAGAAAAGCUGAGACCCAUGGUUUAUAAAUCAUCUUGCUUUCAGGUUAUUUGGCUUUAGGGGGCACUUACCUCUUCAUGCUUUUUCUUCAGGUUUUUUUUUUUUUGUGUGAUGGUUUAUUUUAAGCACAAGUGUUUCGGGAAGAGAAGAACUCUGCCCAGGUUUUCACUUUUGGCGAACUGGUUACAAAACUUCAGAAGACCACAUUUGGGCCUUACUAAAAGAAAACCCAAACCUGGAGGGGCUGAAAGGGAGGGACUCAGCCUGUAACAUAAUUCUAUCCCUUAGAAAGGAGAAGUAGCAUUGAAAGAUCAGUAUUCAGUUGGUGUAGGGUAUAUUUUUGGUUGCCUUUUUUUUUUUUUUUAACUGAGGAGGAGAAAUAUUUGUUUUACAACAACAACAACAAAAAAAAAAGAGCCUGAGGCAGGCAAUACAAUCCUGCCAGCUUAAACUUUGUCUUGUCAGCUCUCCUGAGGAUAAUAAAGACAGACACAAAAAUAAUACAAACUGAUAAGAGAACACAAAAAAAAAACCCACCCCAAAAUCCCAGCCCAUUUUAUGAAGAGCCUUGGCACUUCUGGAGACUGCUUUGGAUCUGUAAAUUAUGCCCUACCACGAUGGGGGGACAAACCUAGUGCUGCAAGGUUCCCUAAUGUAAGACAAUCCUCCUCCCCUUGGGUUUUCCCAUCACCUUGUCGUAA